CGUUUCCACCAAUGGCAGCCGAGCUGAAAUGGCGUCUUCCUUCCUGCCGGUGACGCAGAAAUACCCGCUAAAACGAUAUUCCGGUUGCGGAUAGGCAGCAUGGCAUCGGACGGCACCAUGGCUAACGGGAACGGACGGGAUACCGGGGACGGGGCGCCGGUCUCCAAACGGCAGCGGUUCGGUGCGGCCCAGGACUCUCCUCUCCGAACCCCGAAGGAGCCGCACAACAAAGUGACCGUUGUUCUGGGGGCACAGUGGGGCGACGAAGGCAAAGGGAAGGUCGUCGAUUUGCUCGCGAUGGAUGCGGACAUUGUGUGCAGGUGCCAGGGAGGAAACAAUGCAGGUCACACUGUGGUUGUGGACUCAGUGGAGUACGACUUCCACCUGCUGCCCAGUGGAGUGCUCAACAAAAAGGCAGUGUCCUUCAUCGGCAACGGAGUGGUGAUCCACCUACCAGGUCUGUUUGAUGAGGCCAAGAAGAACCUGGAGAAAGGCAAAGGAUUACAAGGUUGGGAGGAAAGAUUAAAGAUUUCUGACCGUGCACACAUUGUGUUCAACUUCCAUCAAGCUGUGGAUGGGCUCCAGGAGCAGCAGCGGGAGCAGCAAGAAGGGAAAAAUCUGGGAACUACUAAAAAAGGCAUCGGUCCUGCAUACUCCUCCAAAGCUGCCCGGAAUGGUCUGCGGAUCUGUGACCUUGUCUCAGAUUUCAAGGUUUUUGAGGAAAAGUUUCGAAUGUUGGCAACACAUUUCCAGAUGAUGUAUCGGAACCUUAAUGUUGACAUUGAGGCUGAACUCCAGCAGCUGAAGAUCUACGCUGAGAAGCUGCGUCCUCUGGUGACCGACGGUGUGUAUUUCAUGCACAAAGCUCUUACUGGACCCAGUAAGAGAAUCCUGGUGGAGGGAGCCAAUGCCGCUCUGCUGGAUAUUGACUUCGGGACGUAUCCUUUCGUCACGUCUUCAAACUGCACCGUGGGAGGAGUGUGCACCGGUCUUGGCGUUCCUCCAUCACACGUCGGUCGAGUAUAUGGAGUGGUCAAAGCUUACACCACCCGAGUGGGCGUUGGAGCUUUCCCAACAGAGCAGGACAAUGAGACUGGGGAUCUGUUACAAUCCAGAGGGAGAGAAUUUGGUGUGACGACCGGCAGGAGGAGGCGUUGUGGUUGGUUAGACCUGAUUUUGGUCAGAUACGCCCACAUGGUCAAUGGCUUCUCUGCCAUUGCUCUGACAAAACUUGACAUUUUGGACACAUUGCCUGAGAUCAAAGUGGGUGUGGCCUAUGAGGUUGAUGGACAUCCUCUACCAAGUUUUCCCGCAAAUAUGGAUGUUUUGACGCGGGUGACAGUUGAGUACAAGACGUUGCCUGGUUGGCAGUGCAGCACUGAGGCGGCUCGCAGCUUUGACGAGCUGCCGUCUCAGGCACAAAAUUACAUUCGCUUCAUUGAGGACUUCCUGCAAGUGCCAGUGAAAUGGGUUGGAGUCGGGAAGUCCAGGGAGAGCAUGAUCAAAUUGUUUUGAUCCAUCUGCAGUUUCCACAUCUGUAGUUUACCUCACUGACAACUGGGUGAUACCGCGAUGUUACGAUAAGACCAGAGGAGUUAAUGAUGCCGACCGUUAAAGGACAUACUUCACCAGCAAGGCUACUUCUCAAAUUUAGUUGCUGCUUAUGCAUCACAAUUCCAUUAAUUCCUCUGAGAGAUAAUUUAAGCUGCAUUCCAAAUGAUGUUUUCUACAAUUUUUUUAAAGGGUGUUAACUUCUAAAACCUGAUGCAAACAGAACUAAUGUCUUUAUUCAUUCCACAGUAAAGCACAGUCAGCUUAUCUUCUUAACCUUUUGGGGAUUCUGGAUUUUGUCUUUUUUUUUUUUCAACAUUAACCAUGUAUGAAGAGCCAUUAAUGAAUAGAUGUAAAAACCUUUAAUUAAAGGAGCUUCACAAUAAGGUAAAGAUUACUCACUUGCUUUGUAAUGAGAUGGAGAAAAGAUUAACAAAAAGCCAUCCUGUGAUCAGUAUGAUUGUGAAGUUUUCUAUUGAAGAACAAUUUUAAACAGUUUGAAAACAUAAAUGCAUCUUGUACGUAGAUUUUUCUUUUAAAGAGUUCUUCAGGCCAUAGAAAUCAACACUAAGAAUACAGUUCACAUAUUUUUCUGAAGAGGUUAGUAAAGGAAUUAAAAAAAAAUCAGUUGUCAAACUGGGACACUGGCUCGUAUUCUAGAGGUUUGUGUAAUUGUAAGGCAGUUAAUGUACCAAAAUACAUCUUAAUAUUUUUCCAUUGUGUCUUUUUCAUUCAUUUCUGGAUAAUAAAGACCUGACUCAGCUUGUUGUCAAUAAAAGGUAAUCAUAAAAUGUA